AUGGCCUCUUUCAAAGUCAUUAUCAUCGGCUCUGGGCUAGCCGGCAGUUUGCUUGCUAACGGCCUCGCCCGGCACAACAUCGCGUUCGAAGUCUACGAGCGAGCAGAAAAGCACUCGAAGCGGGAAGGAUUCCAGAUUCGGCUGGGCGAGGGAGCUCUUAUCGGCAUGCGGGCAUGCUUGGAACAAGAGCAAAUCGACUCUAUUGCCAGACGAUUCGCUCGCUCGACUGUCUCAAACCCACCCAUCGUGUACGACAAGCACUUCAACAAGAUGUUUGAGCCAGGAAAGAUGCCGGGAUAUCAGAGGUCGACCCCAAUCAACCGCGUAUCUCUUCGAGAGGCUCUCUCCGAGCCACUCUACAAGAUGGGAAAGAUCCACAAUGAGAAGCGACUCACGAAUUACGAAAUACACCGAGAUGGCAGCCGGCGCUUUGUCAAGGCCUUUUUUGAUGAUGACACGUCUGACACUUGUGAUGUUCUUAUUGGGGCGGACGGAAGUGGAUCCAAGGUAACUGCUGCAUAUCUAUGA